AUGGGGCUGGUGGGGGGCUUGGUCCUGCCCUGGCGGUGCCUGGUGGUCGUGUGUCUCAGGCUGCUCUUCCUUGUGCCCGCAGGAGUGCCGGUGCGCAGCGGAGAGGCCACCUUCCCCAAGGCCAUGGACAACGUGACGGUCAAGCAAGGAGAGAGCGCCACCCUCAGGUGUACUGUGGAUGACCGGGUCACGCGAGUAGCUUGGCUGAACCGUAGCACUAUUCUUUAUGCUGGAAAUGAUAAGUGGUCGAUAGAUGACCGGGUGGUCAUUCUCACAAACACCAAAACUCAAUACAGUAUCAAGAUCCAUAAUGUGGACAUAUAUGAUGAAGGCCCCUACACCUGCUCUGUACAGACAGACAAUCAUCCCAAAACAUCACGAGUCCAUCUUAUCGUCCAAG